CAUUGUUUCUACUCUAAAUUCAUCAACAUAUGAACUUGACGUCUGCAUGGGGUUUCUUUUGUUUAGGGUGGGGACUUCUGAUUUCCUGUGUUCCAGGUCCAAGAGCAUAAAAAAUGACGAAGUCGAAGGGAAACUUGUUGAGGAUCAAGGACAUUUCAGGGAUCUCAACAAUUACUGGAUGGCGCAGCCAGGGCGCCCGUGUUGAUUUUGAGGGUGUGUUUGAAAUCCCCACUUUGCACUACAGCGCUGAUGCCGAGAAAACGCCUACUAUCCAGGCUCAGUUUGAAGUGACUGAAUCGGAAGAAGACACUCUUGGUCCGGAGGAGGAAGAGGAAGUGGAGGAGGAUGAGGAGGGUGAGGAGGAUAAGGAGGGUGACGAGGGUGACUUUGGUAGCGAGCGCGAGGAAGCAGUAGACGAGGGUGAACAGGGUGACGAGGAUGAGGAAGAAGGAGACGAGGAAGAAGAGGACGAGGAAGAAGAGGACGCUGUCUUUGAGCGGACUGUUGAACAAGAAAGGGGGAACCAAAAUGCGUACAUCGAGAAAUUCUUAAGGAGGGCAAAGCAGUCCGAGGAAUUAAUCUCUUGCCUGUGGAGCAUUGUGCUGUUCCAAUCGGCUGUGGAACUGUGGACCAAACAUGCAGACCAGGAGAGAUACAAAUACUGCGGGGAACUAAUAUACUUCGCCUCUGCACGAGAGAGCCAUGAGGAUCUGACACUUGCUUGGGUGAAUGUGGGGUCGAUUUUGACCAAGUUCGUUCUGCGUCGUGCAAGCGUGGUUGUUUGGGAGCAGAAGCUAGAUUCCCAUCUCAAAAAGCCGAAUCAGAAGGGCUUCAAGGUACGACUGUUUGUUUGAGGAAGGUCUCUUCUUUCAGUGAACAGCGGUAAAGCGUUGUAAUCCUGCUCUUGUAGUCUAGUGCUACAAAUCAGUUCUCGGAGUGCACCGCUACGAUUCUCUUGUGAUAUUUUAGUGCUCUAAUCAUAAUUGUCCAGGCUAUUGCUUACAAAUCUGUUCUUGAAGUGCACUGCUAGAAAUCAUUUCUCGGAGUGCGCGGCUACAAUUCUAUACAUUGUAAUGCUAAAAUCCUGCUUUUGCAGUGCUGUAAUUCUCUUUCCCAUUAUAGUGCUAUAAUCCUACUUUUAGUGUUCUUUUGCCGAAAAUGUGAAAACCCGACAAUCUAAAUGUUAUGGCGGGUGAAGUCCAAUCAAAAUUUGUUAAGUCG